AUGGACGUGCGCUUUGGACGGGAGCACGACAUUCUCACCAACGAAGGUUUCAGCAACACACUGUUUCAGGUGUUGAAUGUGAAGCCGGGAGGCAGUCUGUGGGCAGCCCCGGUGUGUUCCACUUGGGUGUACUUGUCUCGAGCAUCAACUGGCAGAUCGUCUGCCAACCCAAUGGGGUUUAAUACAGGGCUGACUUGGAAGCACAACGUGAUGGUGGCACGGGUGGUGAUCAUUCUUACCAUCGCUAUGUCGAAAGGAAUAUGGUGGUGUCUAGAACAACCAAAGGGUUCAUUGUUGGAAUCCCAUAUCUUGUUUCAGAAAAUGCUCAGCUUGGUCGGUGUCAGUGUGAGCAGGGUUCUUUGUAGCCUUGGACACUUCGGAGCUGACAGCAUGAAGCCUGUCUGGGUCUACAGCAGUGAAACACAUGCAACUGAGUUCAACGACUUUGCUGAUCGCAGCCUUCGUCCUACGAACCCUCACAUGGUAACCCACUACCAGGAUGGAAAUGGCAAAGCCCGGGUUAAAGGUGGCAGCGCUCUUAAGCAGAGCCAGGCCUACCCGAGGAAGUUCGGAGUGGCGAUCGCAAAGGUGCGCACGCGCCACUUGAAACGCCAGAGGGUUGCAGCAGCUCGCUUCCUCCGUCGGGCUUUGGAUGGAGAGGACACAUCCCAGCUGGACAUGACCAACAAGACCAAUCUUUUGUGGAUGAAAUUGGCUGACUUAAAGCCGGUUUUCCAAUACUUGGCCAAACAGUGA